UGUUUGUUGUCUUGUCAGAAAGCAAGAGAUGUGAAGUGCUUCCUGAAACUCGCUCCCAUUCAUUUUGGUCUUUUAAAGUUAACAGAUUUUACUCUUUAUAGAAGCAUUGAAAUAUUUCUAGUAAUAAAGAAGGACACAAGCAAACAAGGCUGGAAAUGGAGUUUAUUGGCAGCAGCUACAAGGGAGGUGUGAAAAAUGGCAGGAUGGAGGGAACAGGCGAAUACACAUUUCCCACCCAGACCAGAUAUGUGGGGGAAAUGAGAGAUGGGAUGUUCCAUGGCAGAGGAGUGUUAUACUUUCCAAAUGGAAGUAAAUAUGAAGCAACCUGGGAGAAGGGUGUAGAUACACAGGGGACACUGACCUUCGCUGAUGGUCUGGUGUACCAGGAGAAGGACUGGGACUACUGCACCAGCUCUGACAGGCGCUUCUACAGCGAAAGGUGUAACGGGCUCAAACCUGCAGGAGAAUCUCAGCUAACUGAUCUGGACCCUCCACGUGUCAUUCCUGAAGGGUGUUAUGACUGCGGCGAUGGUUUCUACGACCCCAGGACCAGGGUCAUCACUGCAUACACUGGCACAUUCCUCAGGAAUGCAGAUGACCAAGAACAUGAGUGGAUCGUGCGCACGUGCCGAAAAGCCUGGGAUGAGAUUGUUGGCCGUGAUCCUGACAUUUAGGAGAGGAGAAAAAAAAAAACACCUCAACAUCUGGUGGAGCUGGAUAUGAAGACCCCAGUAAUUCCAACUUUUAAUAAAACUGAAUUACAC